AUGUUGAGAAAUAUUGUUUCAAGCUCAUUGACAAGACCCAUUGCGGCCAAGUCUGCUAUCAGAUUAGCAUUGCCUGCUUCAUCCAGACUCUUCUCUUUUCAAUCAAGGCUGCAACAACAGGAAGCUGCUGUAGCUGAGACCAUCAAACCCACUUCAGACUCUUUGGGAUUCGAAUCAAAGGCUGUGAGUGGUUAUGACAGACCUAUCUAUCUCGACAUGCAAGCAACGAGUCCCACUGAUCCCAGAGUAUUGGAUGCCAUGAUCCCUUACAUGACUGAAUUGUACGGUAAUCCUCAUUCCAGAACUCACAAGUAUGGUUGGGAAACAGAGAAGGCUGUGGAGCAGGCUCGUGAGUACGUUGCCAAAAUGAUCGGUGCUGACCCCAAAGAGAUUCUCUUUACCUCUGGUGCUACGGAAUCCAACAACAUCAGUAUCAAGGGUGUUGCAAGAUUCUACAAGAACAAGAAGAAGCACAUCAUCACUACACAAAUUGAACACAAGUGUGUUUUGGAUUCUUGCAGAGUUUUACAAGAAGAGGGUUUCGAUGUCACCUAUCUCCCUGUACAAAGCAACGGCCGCAUCGAUAUGAAGCAAUUGGAAGAAGCCAUUCGCCCUGACACAUCUAUCGUUUCGAUCAUGACAGUCAAUAAUGAAAUCGGUGUGAUGCAACCCAUUGAAGAGAUUGGUAAAUUAUGUAAAUCCAAAAAGGUAUUCUUCCACACAGACGCUGCCCAAGCUGCUGGUAAGGUGCCAUUGGAUGUCAAUGCCAUGAAUGUCGAUUUGAUGAGUAUCUCUGGCCACAAGCUCUAUGGCCCUAAGGGUAUUGGCGCCAUCUAUGUCCGCAGAAGACCCAGAGUCCGUUUGGAGCCUAUUCAAAGCGGUGGUGGACAAGAAAGAGGUUUAAGAAGUGGUACUGUGCCUCAUCCUUUGGUCGUUGGCAUGGGUGAAGCUUGCAGAAUCGCCAUGGAAGAAAUGCAGUAUGAUCAUGACAGAAUCUCCAGGCUCUCCAAGCGUUUAAUUGACGGUAUUCAAUCCAAGAUUGACGAAGUGCAUCGCAACGGUGAUCCCGAGCACAACUAUCCCGGCUGUGUCAAUUUAUCGUUUGCCUAUGUUGAAGGUGAAUCACUGCUCAUGGCUUUGAAGGACAUUGCCUUGUCCUCAGGCUCUGCCUGUACCUCUGCAUCCCUUGAGCCUUCCUAUGUUUUGCGUGCGUUAGGUGCAGAUGAUGAAAUGGCUCACAGUUCCAUUCGUUUCGGUAUUGGUAGAUUCACAACUGACGAGGAGAUUGAGUUUGUCAUCAAGAAGGUGACUCAGCAUGUGGAUAAGUUAAGAGAAAUGUCUCCUCUGUGGGAAAUGGUUCAAGAGGGAAUUGAUAUCAAGUCUAUUCAAUGGGCCCAACAUUAA